AUGUCCAAUAUAGCCAAUACAGCUGAUAACUCCGGUUCUGCUCAAGUCACGCUAAGGGUAAAAUCGGAUACUACGACAAAUAAUAAUAAGAGCAGUAAUUUUAGUAGUUACAAUAACAAGAAUAAUAUAAGUGGUUUUUCUACUAAAGAUAACACCCCGCUAAGCAAAGGAAAAGAGCAGGCAGAAAUAGCGGGUAAACCUUCGAAUACUUCCAGUAUGGGUUCAUCAGCAUUAAAAGAGCCCAAGACGCCGUCUCUAUCGAAAAGCGCCACAUUCACGUCUCCCUCGGUGGUGGUUCUACCUGAAACGCCGGAACGUGUACCACGUCACAUACAGGAUCUGGAGGACACACCUCUUUUGUCUCCUCCUAAUGCAUCUUUGAGCACACAUCUACUUUCAACGCCUCAAAAGCGUAAGGGCAGUAGUGGCGGUAGCGGAAAUAACGGUAGCAGCAGUAACAAUACUGACUUUUACACUCUUUUGAAAUCACCUGCUGUGCGUACAGAAGAUAACAAAUUGAAAAGGCAUUCCAUGGAAUUAUUCGGCAUCACCAGCGGAGCGAAAUCGCCUGAACAACUGCCUAGAGAAUGGGAUAAUGAGCAUCUUCUCAAAUCCCCUCGAAGAGAUUACAAAGAAAUCAGGAAAAUAUCAGAGAAUUUGAGGACGAGGUUAAAUUAUGCAAAUGUCAAAGUUCAACAUGGAUGGUCCAACAAGUCGAUAGGUGAGUUGGAGCAUUCUUUAGAGGAAAUUGCAACCAAUCCGCAACGGUCGGCACAACUCAACAGCAAAAACUUAGAAGAUUUUUGGAAUUUGCGUACUGACAAUUUACCAAACAAAACUGACAUCAAUAACGAGAAUUCGAACCCUUCUUUGCAGGCUAGCCCGGGACAAUUCGCUCAUUCUCCACGCAGAAGAAGGAGGUCUUCUUUCGUUGCUAACAUCCGAUUAGAUGAGGUUGCCAAAAGAGGAUCUAAGGGGUCACCAGACUUGUCGUCAAAUCCUGAGUUUCUGCCUGUCAGUAUGUCACAAGCAAGCUCUGCUGCGACAGCGCAGUUAAAUCCGCCCACAACUUUAGCUGAAUUACAAACGUCGCCUUUGAGAAAACCUGAAUCUUUGACUAAAAUAAAUAAAGAGAAGGAAGACGGAAAAACCGGCCUAUCUGUCAGCACCAAACCAGCAGACUCCCUUGAACAGGAUGCUAUAAUGUCAUUGAUAUCACUCUCAUCACCUGUGAAGUACACAGCAUCUGGAUCUUCUCUAUCGCCCUCUCCACCACAACAUUCUGGAUCGCCAACUCGGCCUGGACAUGGGAGACUGCUGUCACUGACAGGUAUACCAAGUAAGAGAUUACCACCAUUACCUCCUACAAUGCAACCACCAUUAUCAGCGCCUGGUGCCAUGAGCAGCACUAGUGAUAGUGGGAUAUUGCCAUUUGACAGAUCAAAGGAAAACCGUUACAUAUUGCCGAGCCCUCCAAAGUUUGAGAACCAUGGAUUGGGAAUGAUCAAUGUAAAUUUGAAUAUGAAUACGAAUAUGAAUAUGAGCGAGAACAGAGGUCAAACUACAAAUGUGGGUUUGAGCACAAACAAAAGUUCGGUAAACAAUUUUGAUGAUCGAAACGAAACAGAUGAUGAAACUACAGAGGAUGAAAUCAUUGAAGAUGACGAAGUGGUUAUUACUGACCGCGUUGUGCCCAUGAUGCAGACAGAAAAAGAUAAUAUCGAGGAGCAUCAGCGAAGUCGAAGUAAUAGCAGCAGUAAUGGUAGUGGCGGGGGUAGUAUUGGGGUUAGUAGUAGCGGAGGUAGCAGUGGUGGGAAUCGAAAUAGUAGCAUAUUUCGAGCCACGAAAUUUGAUGGGGUUAAGAUGACAUCCAAGAAGAGCGGGUAA